GGGAGGCAGGCAGGGAGGGAAGCGAGCAAGCAGGCAGCAAGCAAGCAAGCAGGCAAGCAAGCCGGCAAGCAGCCAGCCAGCCUCCUCACUGCGCACAGCCACCGAGAACGGGGCGAGCAGCGCUGCUGCGGGACCACCUCACGGCUUCACCCAUCUCCGGGCCGCCGGGGCGGGACGGGGGCGGCUGCUCGCAGCGCGAUUUCAUGUUUCAUCUUACAUCAAACACUUACUGCUGAGAGCUGGAAGGUCUACUUAAGAAAUUUCAAGACAUUCUCUGCCAGCAGAAUAUGACAGAUACCUAGCAUCUAGCAAAACCAUGGCAGCAGCUUACCUUGAUCCAAACUUGAAUCAUACACCAAGUUCAAGUGCAAAGACGCACCUCGGUACUGGGAUGGAGCGUUCCCCAGGGGCCAUGGAGCGAGUCCUAAAGGUUUUUCACUACUUUGAAACCAGCAGUGAGCCAACGACGUGGGCCAGUAUUAUCCGGCAUGGCGAUGCUACUGAUGUUCGAGGCAUAAUACAGAAGAUCGUGGACUGUCACAAAGUGAAAAAUGUGGCCUGCUAUGGGUUGCGACUCAGUCAUCUGCAGUCUGAGGAGGUUCACUGGCUGCACCUGGACAUGGGAGUAUCCAAUGUGAGAGAGAAAUUUGAACUAGCACAUCCUCCAGAAGAAUGGAAAUACGAACUGAGAAUUCGAUACCUGCCCAAAGGAUUUCUAAACCAGUUCACUGAGGACAAACCAACUUUAAAUUUUUUCUAUCAGCAGGUGAAAAAUGACUAUAUGUUAGAAAUAGCAGAUCAAGUGGACCAGGAAAUUGCUUUGAAACUAGGUUGCCUUGAAAUCAGGAGAUCCUACGGAGAGAUGAGAGGCAAUGCAUUAGAAAAGAAAUCCAACUAUGAAGUGCUAGAAAAAGAUGUCGGUUUAAGACGAUUUUUUCCGAAGAGUUUGCUAGAUUCAGUGAAGGCCAAAACACUACGAAAAUUAAUCCAACAAACAUUUCGACAGUUUGCCAACCUCAACAGAGAAGAAAGUAUUUUGAAAUUCUUUGAGAUCCUCUCUCCAGUGUACAGAUUUGACAAGGAAUGCUUCAAGUGUGCUCUUGGUUCAAGCUGGAUUAUUUCAGUGGAGCUGGCAAUUGGCCCAGAGGAAGGAAUCAGCUACCUUACAGACAAGGGUGCAAAUCCAACUCACCUGGCAGAUUUUAAUCAAGUACAAACUAUUCAGUAUUCAAACAGUGAAGACAAGGACAGAAAAGGGAUGUUGCAACUGAAGAUAGCUGGUGCACCUGAGCCUCUGACAGUGACAGCACCAUCCUUAACCAUUGCAGAGAAUAUGGCUGACUUGAUAGACGGAUAUUGCCGACUGGUGAAUGGAGCCACACAAUCUUUUAUCAUCAGGCCACAGAAAGAAGGUGAAAGAGCUUUACCAUCAAUACCAAAGCUGGCCAACAAUGAGAAGCAAGGAGUAAGGUCGCACACAGUCUCUGUAUCAGGAGUCAAUCACUGUCAGCAUAAAGUAAAGAAAGCUAGACGCUUUCUCCCUUUCGUCUUCUGUUCCCAUGAGCCGCCACCUAAGGAUGAAAUUAGUGGGGACGAAACAGAUGACUAUGCAGAGAUUAUAGAUGAAGAAGAUACUUAUACAAUGCCAUCAAAAAGCUAUGGAAUAGAUGAAGCCAGAGAUUAUGAAAUUCAAAGGGAGAGAAUUGAACUGGGGCGCUGCAUUGGUGAAGGACAAUUUGGAGAUGUGCACCAAGGAAUUUACAUGAGUCCGGAAAAUCCAGCUAUGGCUGUAGCAAUCAAAACAUGCAAAAAUUGCACCUCAGACAGCGUUAGAGAAAAGUUCCUACAAGAAGCCUUAACAAUGCGCCAAUUUGAUCAUCCUCACAUUGUGAAGCUCAUUGGAGUUAUUACAGAAAACCCAGUGUGGAUAAUCAUGGAGCUCUGUACGCUUGGAGAGUUGAGAUCGUUUUUGCAAGUAAGAAAAUUCAGCUUGGACCUGGCCUCCCUGAUCCUCUACGCUUACCAGCUUAGCACAGCACUUGCUUACUUAGAGAGCAAAAGAUUUGUACAUAGAGAUAUUGCUGCUAGAAACGUGCUGGUAUCUGCCACUGACUGUGUGAAAUUGGGUGACUUUGGCUUAUCCCGAUACAUGGAAGACAGUACUUACUAUAAAGCUUCCAAAGGAAAGUUACCUAUCAAAUGGAUGGCUCCAGAGUCAAUCAACUUCCGACGCUUUACCUCAGCAAGUGAUGUGUGGAUGUUUGGUGUGUGUAUGUGGGAGAUCCUGAUGCAUGGGGUGAAGCCCUUCCAGGGAGUGAAAAAUAACGAUGUUAUUGGUCGGAUUGAGAACGGUGAGCGGCUGCCCAUGCCUCCAAACUGCCCUCCCACCCUCUACAGCCUUAUGACCAAGUGCUGGGCAUACGACCCUAGUAGACGACCCAGGUUUACUGAACUGAAAGCACAACUGAGUACAAUACUGGAGGAGGAGAAGCUGCAGCAAGAAGAACGGAUGAGAAUGGAAUCCAGGCGACAAGUCACAGUAUCCUGGGACUCAGGAGGAUCAGAUGAAGCUCCUCCCAAGCCCAGCAGGCCUGGUUACCCCAGCCCAAGGUCCAGUGAAGGGUUUUAUCCGAGUCCUCAGCAUAUGGUACAGCCAAAUCACUAUCAGGUAUCUGGCUACUCUGGUUCUCAUGGGAUACCAGCCAUGGCAGGCAGCAUCUAUCCUGGGCAAGCUUCUCUCUUGGAUCAAACAGAUUCCUGGAACCAUCGACCUCAGGAAGCAUCCGUGUGGCAGCCAAACAUGGAGGAUUCAGGCACUUUGGACGUACGAGGAAUGGGGCAGGUUCUACCCACACAUCUCAUGGAGGAGAGAUUAAUAAGACAGCAACAAGAGAUGGAAGAGGAUCAACGCUGGCUUGAAAAAGAGGAACGAUUCCUGAAACCUGAUGUGCGGCUCUCCAGAGGCAGCAUCGAGCGGGAGGAUGGAGGUCUCCAGGGCCCAGCUGGUAACCAGCACAUAUAUCAGCCUGUGGGUAAACCAGAUCAUGCAGCUCCACCAAAGAAGCCCCCUCGCCCUGGAGCCCCCCACUUGGGCAGCCUCGCGAGCCUGAACAGCCCUGUGGACAGCUACAAUGAAGGCGUGAAGCCAUGGAGGAUCAAGCCGCAGGAAAUCAGCCCUCCUCCUACGGCCAACCUGGACCGCUCCAAUGACAAAGUGUAUGAGAAUGUAACCGGGCUGGUGAAAGCUGUCAUAGAGAUGUCCAGUAAAAUACAGCCAGCUCCGCCGGAGGAGUACGUGCCCAUGGUAAAGGAGGUUGGCUUGGCGCUGAGAACCUUGCUAGCAACAGUGGAUGAGUCGCUGCCAGUGCUUCCUGCAAGCACCCACAGAGAGAUUGAGAUGGCCCAGAAACUGCUGAACUCAGACCUGGCUGAGCUCAUUAACAAGAUGAAGCUGGCCCAGCAGUAUGUCAUGACCAGCCUGCAGCAGGAGUACAAGAAGCAAAUGCUGACAGCCGCUCACGCUCUGGCAGUGGAUGCCAAGAACUUGCUGGAUGUCAUCGAUCAAGCCAGGCUGAAAAUGAUCAGCCAGUCGAGGCCGCACUAAGCACCAAGGGAAGAGUUUCAUCUGUCUGUUGUAGAAUUCUGCUUGCGAAAGGAUUAGUUCACCUUCCACCAGCAGUGAGGAUUAACCCAGUGUGGUCCUGGCAUUCCAGCGCCUCUUGCUUCAGCAGCCCUGACUGACAGCUGUUGGUUCUCUCCCAUUACAAAAGGUUAACCACGUUUUUUUUCUCACAAAGCCAAGCUGGCCUGGGAUUCAGAAAGCGGCUGUAUCACCGGGUGAAGUUUGUACAGACGUCCUUGGGAAAUGACGGCUUUGGAGCAGCGCGGUUCGUUCCAUCGCAUGGGCCGUGUUCAGCCCAGAGCUGGGGUGGAGUUUUGGAGCCAGAACUGUUGGAGCAGCAGAGCGGAGCGAGAUAUUGUGAAGAAUUCUGGGAAACCUCAGGGCUGAGAAUUCUUGCCCACAGUAUAUGAACUAUCCAGACUGGAAUUUUUUUUAUUAGAACACUUACGUCGCAAUAUGCUAAUCACAAUUUACAGAGAAAGAAAAUAAAAAGCUAUAUUUUCAAGACGUCAGUCAUUUCAAGACAAACUAAAGCCCUCUUCAUCUUCCUGCCUUUUACUUUUAUGUGAAUGUGUGACGCCUUUGGUUGGAACUAGCUGUAGGACACAACGGAAAACUCUUCUUUUUCACCAGAAUAACGUGCCAGUUCUUUUGUAGCAAUGUUGUUUUCCUUGGAAGCGAAAAUGCUGCUUUGUACCAGAGCAACUCAGAGCUGCACUUAAGAGGAGUCCUGUAACCAUUCAUGUCCCCCGUUUUUAUAUAAUUUAUAAAGACAGAUUAAAGCCAUGUUGAAUAUUUUAAACCCCCUGUAGUUAACUAACCCAUCCUUUUGUCUGUCUUGCCUGGGAGGAGUUACAGUAGAGCAGUGUAAUUAGAUUUUCCUUGGUUUUCCAAUUAUGCCAUCUGUUCUGUUAAAAUAAAAACCACACUCCCUUUUUGCUGUUGAGGGAUAUAAAUUAUUCUCAGGAAGAAUAUAAUGAACUGUACAGUUACUUUGACCUAUUAAAAAGGUGUUACCAGUGAAA